AUGUCGAAACGUUCAACAGAGGAAUUAGAACAAUCUGAAACUUUGGGAGACCCAAAGGCACCUUUUGGUAAACAUAAUCGAAAUGGCGAAUCACUGGAAGUAGAGGAGUCAUUCGGAGAAUUCGAGGACCCAUGGGAAGACGAAUUCGAGACAGAAUCAGAAAUAGAAGAUACGGAAACCGUUAGUGAUGGUGAAAAUGGUAAUAAUAUUGCCAUGGAAAUUGAAGAAAGCGAAGAUCACGUAUACCUUCCCGGUCAAAAAUUGGAGGAAGGUGAAGCUCUUGAGGCAGAUCAAUCUGUCUAUGAAAUGUUACAUUCUUUGAAUGUCAAAUGGCCAUGUCUUAGUUUUGAUAUAUUACAUGAUAGUCUUGGUGAAGAGAGAAAAAUGGUUGGAUAUCCAGCUACAGCUUAUAUUGUUGCUGGCACACAAGCAGAUAAGCCAAACAAAAAUGAAUUGAUGGUAAUGAAGAUGUCACAACUUCAUAAGACCCAGAAUGAUGGUGGUAAUUAUGAUACUAUUUAUAAUGGUACCUCUAGUCAGUCUCCAAUCUUUUAUGGAUUUAUUUUUACAGACAACUCUGAAAAUGACUCUGAUUCUGAUGAUGGAAUGCUGGAUGAAAAUCCAAUUUUAGAAAUUAAAAGCUUAAAGCAUUAUGGAGGCGCUAAUCGCGUCAGGAUGAUGCCUCAGAAGGAUUGCUAUAUAGCAGCAACUUGGGCUGAAACAGGAAAAGUACUCAUAUGGGAUUUAGCACAAGUUAUCAAUUCACUAGACACUCCAGGACGACAAGUUCCACAGAAAGCACAGAAACCACUUUAUACUGUGGAAAGUCAUAGUACGGAAGGGUUUGCAAUGGAUUGGUCAGGGACAGUUGCUGGAAGGUUAAUAACCGGCGAUAUGCACACGAAUAUUUAUCUCACAACAAAAGCACAAUCCACAUUUACGGCUGACAGGAUUCCAUUUACGGGACAUACAUCCUCCGUGGAAGACUUGCAAUGGUCGCCGGUAGAAAAGAGUGUGUUUGCAAGCGCAUCUGCAGAUCAGACAAUAUGUAUAUGGGACAUUAGAAGUAAAAAGAAAGCAGCAUUGAGUGUCAAAGCUCACGAAGCGGAUGUGAAUGUCGAUUAUUUGCUUGCGUCCGGAUCAGAUGACGGCGUGAUUAGUAUAUGGGACCUACGGACAUUCUUAAAUACAAAACCUACACCAGUUGCAACAUUUAAGUGGCACUCAGCGCCGAUCACCUCAAUUGAAUGGAACCCUAUAGAAGAAUCAGUUUUUGCAGCUUCUGGGUCGGAUGACCAAAUAUCCCUUUGGGAUCUUUCGGUGGAACAUGAUCCUGAAGAAAUUUCACAUAAAAUCUUAAGAAAAGGUGACAUUGAAGUGCCAUCACAGCUCUUGUUUAUUCAUCAGGGCCAAAAUGACAUAAAGGAAAUACAUUGGCAUCCACAAAUACCCGGAUGUAUGAUCAGUACUGCUGCGUCAGGAUUCAACGUUUUCAAAACAGUUUCC